GCAUCACCAAAGGUUUGUUCAGCCUCUUUAGCUUCUUUCUACGUCUGAGUGAAAACGUAUUUAAAAGUUUGUACACUCGAGCAAAAGUUGAGUUUACAAACAGGCUUUAGUUCAAAUACGCCGAGUGGUUCCGCGUGACAAGUUUUGAAACUGCGCGUGCCGGAGAGCGGCCCGAUUUAGCGCUCCAAUCACCUCGGCACCAUGAGUUGGAGCUUCCUGACCCGUCUGCUGGAUGAGAUUUCCAACCACUCGACCUUUGUGGGGAAGAUCUGGCUUACGGUGCUUAUUGUCUUCCGCAUUGUACUGACAGCUGUCGGCGGGGAAACCAUCUACUACGAUGAGCAGAGUAAAUUUGUCUGCAACACGCAGCAGCCUGGAUGUGAGAACGUGUGCUAUGAUGCAUUUGCACCGCUCUCUCAUGUCAGAUUCUGGAUCUUUCAGGUGAUCAUGAUCACCACGCCCACCAUUAUGUACCUGGGCUUUGCCAUGCACAAGAUCGCCCGAAUGGGCGACAGUGAGUACCGGCCUGUUCGGAACCGGAAGAAAAGGAUACCCAUUGUCAGCCGCGGGGCGGUGCGGGACUACGAAGAGGCUGAGGACAAUGGAGAAGAAGACCCAAUGAUCACUGAGGAAAUUGAACCUGAGAAGCCAGACAAAGCAGAAAAAAGUGCAGAGAAAAAGCAUGACGGUCGCCGGCGAAUCCUCCGUGAUGGCCUGAUGAAAGUCUAUGUGUGCCAGCUGCUGUGGCGCUCAGCCUUUGAGGUUUCAUUUCUCUUUGGACAAUAUGUGCUCUAUGGCUUUGAGGUGAUCCCCUCCUACAUCUGCACACGGUCACCAUGCCCACACACGGUGGAUUGCUUUGUGUCCCGCCCCACGGAGAAAACCAUCUUCUUGCUGGUUAUGUAUGUUGUGUCUUUCCUCUGCCUGCUCCUCACCAUCCUGGAAAUCAUCCAUUUGGGGGUUGGUGGCAUCCGUGACACCUUUCGUCAACGGGCCACCCUCAACCCGCGUGCGCCCCGUCCACCCUCUUCGCGCUCCAUGCCCACAGCUCCACCAGGAUACCAUGCCACUAUGAAGAAGGAGAAACUGAAAGAGCUGAGGGACUUGCCAAUGGGGGACUCUGGACGAGAGAGUUUUGGGGAUGAGGGCCCCUCGUCCAGGGAGCUGGAGCGGUUGAGGAGGCACCUGAAGAUGGCGCAGCAGCACCUGGACCUUGCAUACCAGGCAGAUGAAGGAAGCCCUUCACGCAGCAGCAGCCCGGAGGUCAACACAGCUGCACAGACAGCUGCUGAGCAGAACCGCCUUAACUUUGCCCAGGAGAAGCAGGGGGAGGCAAGCGAGAAAGGAAUACAUGCCUGAGCGUGCUUCCUGCCUCAAACGUCUGUCCUUCCAUUCCUUCUGGCCUUAAACACAUGAGGGGACGCACAUAUGGGAAUGCAGUCAGACCACUGAGGGAGACCAGUCUGUGUGUGGAUGAAAGAUUUGUGCCUGUCAGUAUUAGUGGUUAGUGGAAAAACAAAGAAAUGCUGACCAGCCUGUGUUGUGACAAAUGGUUAAUCUUCAUGAAUCUAAACUUGAAAGCCUGUCACAUCUGGAGUUUCUGCUUGCUUGUUUCUGCUUUGUCCAAACCUUGACUGUGCCUUUGGCUUAAACCUUGUCUACUCCGUUCCUUCACUUGCUUUUUUUUUUUUUUUUUGUGGCCAUGCAGUUAUCCAUGUCUAUGAAAGACCACGUAAGGAUUAUUGUAAGCUUUAAACUCCUGGCUGAGUCCACUUUUUGUUUUCUCCACAAAGGAGAGGCUCUGUUUUAUAAAAAUGUCACUGAAUGUUAAUGUCUUUAUUGAGGCUUGUUUGGCCUCAGAACCAUAAACAUCACAGCCUUAGGUUAUGUUAAUUUUGGAGCAAAUGCAUUAGAUUUUUUUUUCCCUGCAAGAGUGGCUCUACCUGUGCAGAAUGAGUCAUGUUUAAUUUAAAUGGAUUUGAUUAAGUUCAUUUCGGAAAUGUUUAAAAGGAUAUUUGAAACUUGUAUAUUGGCCAAAAUACCAAAAAUAUUUACCUGGGUAAUGCUUGAAUUCUUAACAGGAAAUGUUUUGAGGAUUUCCCAAUAGUCAUUUCUGUAUAACUGGUUCAUUUACAAUACUCUGUCCCCAAACCCGUCCACCCACCCCCAGAAAAUCUCAAGAUGAUACUUAUCUGUGGAAAAGCAACAUAUAUUCCACCUGUUUUAUAUUACUUAAGAAGGCUGUUUACAGAUCCUUUAUUUUAAAUUAUGCACCACAGUAAUUAUACUGUUACAUUGCGUUAAGUUCAACUUUUUUUUUUUUUUUUUUU